AUGUUGAUGAUGAUCCAGAGACGAGAAUGAACUAAAUCUAACAGAUGUUUUGUGUGGAAUUCUGUUGCUUGGCCCGCGAUCGAUAGUUAUCCUCAUCUUUAUACCUGAUCCACGUGAGAUACACCGAGUACAGGUAACGGCAUGACAGCUACCCAGGUGUGUCCGAUUUGUAACCUCACCUGAGAUCCGUUACGUCAUUGAAGUGCUCUUUUGGAACUCAGGCGCUGAAGCAUCGAUUUGUCAGAAACCCAGUAUCAACAUUUGACCGAAAUGUUUGCCUAAAUUAGCCAAUCACAUGGAUUAAAUAACGGGAAAACGAAAAUAAAGUCACCAUUGUUUCACAGGACCUGACUGAGCUACCUGUGGAUUGAACCAGGUGAUCUGUAUUUCAACUCGACCUAAUUGGACAGUAUUCUUUUGUGAAAUUCAAUUUAUACGAACUCAUCAGAAGAGUUCAGAUCAACUGUUCAACAUUCGUCCUGUGACAGAAAAAAAAGAUAACCGUUUAUAUACUGGAUGGUUGUUGUUAGUUUGAACUUAACAAAUUUGUGGAAAUUGUUGUGUCAAGGAACUUUCGUUACCUGGUCCCCAUUUACCUACGACAGGUGAUUAUCAACUUUGAUUACAGAUCUUGACAUUCAGCGACAAAGGGACACGUACACACUGGGAGUUCGUAUUAGAUGUGUUCAAUACUCUUCAGUUGAAUAAAGAUCUUUAGAUGAAGAAAAGAUGAAGAAGAAAUCCACACAAACUCCUUCACAGCACACUGUUGUCGUUGUUCUUGUGUUUUUAGGGGCUUUUAUUUCUCAAGGAACGGCCAAUAAUCCACCAAGAUUGUUAAACUUUUCGCAGUCUCGAGUAAUCGUCCGUGGGGAAGAUACACCUUUAAACACAACGAUUGGGACGCUGACGGCAGUUGACAGCGAUGGCCCCAGCGAGAUCUUGUUUGACAUCACAGAAUCAAGUACGGCCCUGUUGGUGCGUCUGAGUGAGGCACGGGGUGCGAGUACAGUGGGACGAAGCGUGGACAUCAUCCUCAUCGCCCCACUUGACAGAGACAGGGACCCGGGAGAAAGGAAGAUGUAUUUCUCGGUGGCAGAUGGGGAGGCGCCCCAGGAACAUAACACAAUUCCUGUGUAUGUGACACUUUUCAUUAGUGAUGUAAAUGACGAAGUACCAGAAUUCCGUAAUCUGCGAUACAAGGCAUCUGUAGCAGAGAAUGCCACUAUUGGAGUAACAGUUUCCAAGGUCACGGCCACUGACCCCGACAACGGCCCGGGUGGUACUGUCAGUUAUUCCAUGCAGCCAGUUGCACAGGCAGCCGACAGCGAGUAUAAAAACGCCUUCAGAAUAGACCCAAACAACGGGGAAAUCAUAGUGAACAGUCCUCUAGACUACGAAAAACACAACUUUUACGAAUUUGUCAUCACCGCAGUUGAUGGAUUGGGAAAGGUUUGCAAAGACAAUGCUGAUUUUGUAGUGACCAUUGUCGACGUGCAAGAUACACCGCCGUCCUUCUUCAACUUGCCCUACAGCGUGAGCAUGAUGGAAAAUGCUGCGAAGGGUGCACAAGUUUUGCAAGUAACAGCUCUAGACGGGGAUCGUGACGAGCGUAUCAGAAAUAAUUUAAGAUACAGUUUCCUUGAUGGAGACUAUGAGAACUUUGCUCUAAACAGCACUACGGGCUGGAUCACGGUGAAGAACGAAUUAGACCGCGAUAAUCCCAUAAUUCAACAGAGAGGAGGGGUAUACGCAUUUUCAGUAGAGGCAACAGAAAUUGUCAACCCUGGCGAUUUUAACGUCGGUAGUAUCAACGCCACAACAUUAGUCACGAUCACCGUCAAGGAUGUUAACGACAACCCGCCGACAUUCACCAACACGUCAUACGAUGCCACCAUUUUGGAAAACAUGCAGGACGGCGUGCCCGUGUCCUUUAUAGGGUCAACAAAGUUCAUGUCUGUCAGUGAUAAAGAUCAGGGUAAAAACAGCUACUUUGUUCUGAGUCUACAAAAAGAUGGCAAGCCUUACUACGAUUUCGCUCCACUUCCUAACGAAGUUUUCUCCGAAUCCACCAUACUUAUUCGUGUCAACAAUAGUAGUAACCUUGACUACGAGAAGAUGACCUCUGUAAAAUUUCAGAUCGUUGCUAAGGAGGUUGACACUGUCGAGAAGAGAAGUAGCACUGCUGACAUCACUGUACACAUCGAGGAUAUGAAUGACAACCCUCCGGUGUUUAAUCAGAGUGUCUAUACAGCAAACGUCCAAGAAAACAUCCAACUCGGCUUCACAGUUAUGAAAAUUACGGCAAGUGACCUUGACUCUGGAAGUUUUGGAAAGUUAACAUACUCACUGAGAGGAGGCAAUGGAAGGUUUGACAUAAAUGAUGAGACAGGCGUUGUGACAGUGGAUGGCCUCCUUGACCGUGAGACAGUGGAAGAAUACUACCUCACAGUGGAGGCUAAAGACGGGGGAGGAUUCAGGUCUACGGCCGAGCUACGGGUCAACAUCACUGACAAGAAUGACAUGAUUCCAACGUUUCGUCGUGACGAAUACUUCAGCAGUGUCAGGGAAAAUAAUCUUCAUUUCAUACGGGGGCCACUUUUUGUGGAAGCAUACGAUGACGACCAGCCAGGUACCAAUAAUAGUGAAGUGAGAUACAGAAUCGUGGAUAUCCCUGCAGGGCUGGACCACAACUUCACGAUCAACAGUACAUCCGGGGAGGUAGCAGUCACUUCCCCACUAGACUAUGAAAAACUUGACCCAACAUUGAAGGGCAAGGUUCUCCUCCAGAUAGAGGCAUACGACCUUGGAAUUCCCCAGAAAAGACGGUCCAUUCCCGUCACCAUAGAGGUUGAGGAUGAGAAUGACAAUGCCCCGAUCUUUGCACAGACAACAUACACCGCAGAUGUGAUGGAGAACGCCACAGAAGGAACGAUGGUUAUACAGGUACAUGCUACGGAUGCUGACGGCACCGAUCUCAACCAUCAGUUCCUGUAUCGUAUAGACAGUGGGGCACAGGACAAGUUUCGCAUUGACUUCCAAACAGGGAACAUUACAGUGGAAAAGGGGGCUAAACUUGACCGAGAAUCUCUCGGCAAUUACACUUUGAUCAUUUCCGCCACUGACCGAGGUAUAAAAUCCCUGGUGGAGAAUUGCGUGGUCAAGGUCACAAUAUUAGACGUCAAUGAUGAGCUGCCCGUGUUUUCACCAGUGACGAAAUCUGUUAGCGUACUUGAAGAUAUUGGAGUGAAUGAAGUUGUCACCCGUUACUCAGCAAGUGACUCUGAUAUUAACCAUAACCUGAGGUACAGUGUGAUCCCAGGAUCUGUCCGUGCUGUGGACGAAAACAGUCAGACUGUGGAUAUUCAAGCAAAUAACAUACAGAAUUACUUUAAAGUCCUACCAGAUACUGGUGACAUUGUCGUGAAGUCUGUGCUGGAUCGGGAGACAGCAGAACGGGUAGUCCUAGAAAUCCUGGUGGAGGAUCUGAAUGCUUGGCAUCCAUCUGUACAAAACGCCACAGCAACUUUGACAAUCGAUCUGAUAGAUGUCAAUGAUAAUCCCCCCCAAUUUGUGCCCAGUGCUUUGUACAAGGUGAAUAUAUCAGAGGGCAGAGACAUCAACGAUUUCGUAACCAUGGUGGUUGCUACGGAUGCCGAUAAGAAUCAGCAGCUGCAGUAUUUUAUCGCAGAAGAUACAUCUAAUUCUUUCAAAAUAUUGGAUCCAAGUGCAGGUCAGAUAUUGCUGAAAAAGAAACUCGACAGAGAGUUAGCCCCUACUGUAGAUUUCAAGGUCGUUGCUAUGGACAGCGGAUCAUCUCUUAGGCUGUCCUCAACAGCUACAGUCAUAGUAACAGUGGUAGACAUCAAUGACAAUCCACCAAAGUUUAACCCACACUUCAAUGUGUUACGUGUACCAGAGGACGCCAGCAACGGCACCGUCAUCGCCACCAUUAACGCUGUUGAUGUGGACACAGGAAUAUUCGGUCAAGUUUUCUAUGUAUUGAAAGUUUCUCCGGAUGAUCACAACUUUGCUAUCAGUGAAGUAACGGGUGAGAUAUAUGUAGAUGGUAGCCUGGACAGAGAGCGUCGACCUUCAGGUUACAGUGUAGAGGUGUCCGCCACUAACAGUCUGGACCCUGACAACCAGUUGUCUAGUUCCACAGGGAUCAUACAGAUUGACGUUCUGGACAUCAACGACAACAAACCAGAUAUCACCAGUACCCAGGGUAUCCUUAAGUCGCUCAAAGAGGACGAAGGUAUUGGUACCGAAGUGUGUCGUGUCCAGGCACAGGACCCAGACAUGGGGCUCAAUGGCACGGUUACCUUCUCCCUGACAGCAGAUAGUAACACCACAGGUGGGUUUGAAUGGUUCUCAAUAAGUACAGUGCCGAAUACGGCGACGGGACAGAACGAGGGGGUAAUGACUCUGAGGCAGAGUAUACUGGACAGGGUCGGAGAAUUCUAUGUGACGGCCCGAGCAUCUGAUCAGGGAACCCCAGCUCUUUUCUCAGAGAAACAGCUCAUGAUCACAGUAAAGGAUGUUAAUCGUGACCAGCCAACCUUUGUAAGACCAGCAAGGGACAGUGAGGUCGUCUAUGUUAAGGAGGAACAGGAAGGUGCCCAUGUGAUGAUCGUCAAGGCAAUCGACAACGACCAUGGCGAGAACGGACGAGUACGUUACAAUAUAUCACUGGUCAAGGAUUUCAUCUACUUCAAGCUUGACCAGGACUCAGGGCUGCUGACCAUCAACGGAACACUAGAUAGGGAGGAUCCCACGCACCAGGGAAAAUACCAGAUAAAGAUCAAUGCCUUUGACAACGGCUAUCCUAAAAGCUACAUCAGGUCAACCAACCUAAUCAUCCAGCUUUUGGAUGUCAAUGAUCAGGAUCCAGUGUUCGAGAGGACGCCUAGCAUGGAGCCUUUCAUCCUCGGACCAGUUCCCGAGGAACAAGCAGUGUCUUUAGUCGGCUAUGUCAAUGUUUCUAAAGAUGCAGAUACAGAUCUGAACUUCACUAAAACGUGUUAUCACAUCGUUGGGGGCAGCAUGAUUGAUUAUUUUCACCUUAACGUGACGGGGGAGCUUUACAUAAAAAAGGCCAUUGACAGAGAAGGUGGAAUCAAUGGACAAUCAAUAGACUCUAUAGAUUUAGUUGUCUGGGCAACGCCACUUUGCUAUCUGGAAACGGGUGCCACCUCCAGGAAGAAAAGGUCGACAAAUUUGCGUUUGGCACCUAUAGAGUAUGACCCUAGAAACACCACGUUACUCUGGGUACAGGUGAAGAUUGGCGACGUCAACGACCACGCCCCCAUGUUUAAAGAGUCUCUACUCAGUAUUGGCGUCAGUCGUAAAACUCAACUUGCAGAAAUCAUCUACAAAUUACACAAUGAUGUGAUAGAUGAAGAUAUUGGUAAGAACCGAGUCCACAGAUACCGUAUGAACAGUAUAGACUUCACGCCCUACGCUGGAAGUACCAACCAACCCCAGUCCACAGUCAACUCCUCCUUCUAUCUGUUCCCGAACAAUGGCACCAUCAAGACCAGCACAUACUUCCGCUCCGACCUGUCCGGAUAUUACCGCAUGAACGUGUCUGUUAUGGAUACGGUGGCUCCUUUCUACUCUAGUAACGCUAUGAUACGGAUAUCCUUGAUCAACGAUAAUCAAAGGGUCAAAGUUAUUUUCAGGAGUUCAGUUGAAGCAGUGAAAAACAUCUCUUCCCGGUUUAGAGAUGAUCUGGAGAAAAUUACAGGCUACAGGAUAGUGGUAGAUCAGAUACAGACUCAUGAAAACACAGAGGGCAAACCAGAGGUUGACAAGACCGACAUGUUCAUCCAUGGCGAAGAUAAAGUCACCAAUAACAUCAUUGAACCCUCGGAGUUAUUGAGUAAAAUUGAUGCGCAUGCAGCAGAACUGAUUGGUGUCUUGAAUGAGUAUAACAUUCUUCAGAUUGUGCCAACAACGCAGACCGCCGAGGAAGAUGACUCCCAGCGCUUACUAGUGAUGGCCAUUAUCCUUCUAGCAAUCAUCCUCGGUAUCCCCUGUCUUGUACUGGCGAUUGUCCUACACAUCACCAGGAAACAGUACCAAAGGAAACUGAAGGCAGCAACAGCAAUGGCUUACGGGUCAAAAGAUUCAGAUAUGCAAAAGUUAGAAAUGCCUGGAACAAACAUGCAUGCAUAUGAAAAUGCCAACCCUAUAUUUAUGGAGAAGGUGCUCUUAGAGAAUGCUGGGGAAAUGGAUGAUAAUGACUCGAUCGAUAACAACGCCGUGGACCCUGCUCAAAUCCACCCGUACGAUGUCCAGGAAAGGUCGCUUAACUUCCUCGGCGAGUACGAUAAGACUUCAACCUUCGGACCACCAGACAUGAACCUCGCAGCAGCGUUAAAAGCCCACGAGGAUUCUAAGGUUCAAAAGACAAACGGUCAGGUGAACAACCAUAAGCCUAUGAACGGUCAUGUAGACAAAUCAGAGACCAAUGGCGUGGAUACCCUGAUGUUGGAUGGCCUUAAGACAACUGAGAUCUGACCGGUCAUGAUUUGUGAAAAAAGAUAUUGCGUAUAAUUCAUAGAGUGUAUAUAUAUAUGUGAAAAAUAGGUAUAUUUUUACUUUAGAUAAGCGACUCAUAACUAAUUUUUUGAAAUUUUCAUGUUAACAGUUGUUUCUUUCUUAAUGAUAAUAUGUGCUUAAACUUGACAUUUUUGACUUAGGCGUGUACAAUUACUGGGUCAAUUUGUCAUAAGGUGAUAGAAUUUUCAAUCAAAUUUAUAAUACAAUAUAAAUGCUUUGAAUUGUAUGGACGUGUGGACUAUACGAAUGCAAUUACACGAGGGAGUAGUCUAAUAGUUGUUUAGGUGCUGCUUCCAAAGCUUGCUCAGCCUUUUGUACGGUGUAUUCAAAAACAUUAACCAUAAAAUACGCUAGAAAAGAGUAUUAUUUGCACUGGUAUAGUGUAUUAAUCUUGUAUUAAUCUCUCCGGUUUAUUAUACGAGAAAACUACCAACCAGCGUAUCGUUAUUAAAAUUCAACACUAUUUUGUGGAGUAUGGUUAUCAGCAAAUACGUUUGCUAGGUAUUAAGUUGUACUUCUUCUAUGAAGAACGUCAAAACAGGAUUUGGUGAUUUCAUUGCUGAAAACAUAUGUUUGAAGAUGUCACAUUGAAACAGAUCCAUCACUUCAUUUAAAAUAAACAUUUCUUGGUUUUAACAAUAAGGCUUUUUAGAGCUUUGUAUUUGUACUUUGUACCAAGCAUUAUUGUUCGGUAAAAAGAAUAUGAAGAUGACACAGUUGUUACCGAAAGGUUGUGUGCGGUUUCAGUUAUGAAUAUCGAAAUGUUUUUAAAAAAAGAAAAAGUAUGUGUUAAGUGCAUAUAAUGCAUGCUACUCGUCCAGUUAUACACACAUAUCAGUCUUGACUGUAACAAUUGUUAAGUAGAAAACCAUCCAGAUUUUAUUCCACAAGGAUAACGAUGUUACCGCUGUACAUUUCAUUUGUUUCUUGCACUCGCUUUAUGGCGAUUACUCAAUUGAUAUUCUUCAGAAUUUCACAAUCCAUGCCUUAUUUUAUAUAUUGCCGAGUCAUUGCAAGUAAGUACAAAUAACUUCUCAUUUGAAAAACACAUCUUCGACUAAUACAUGAUAUGCACGACCUCUACACAAAUUAGUAGGACAACGACUUAUGAACGAAACGCUUAAGCAGAGCAAACAAUCAGAAAUUAGGAAAAAUACAGGCCUCUUGAAAAGGCAUUCCUUGAAAUAUAUUGGGCAAGUGUAAGAUGAGGUAUUGCUUGUGAUUACCUGUUGAAGAUUCCAUGAGUACGUAAAAUAAAAUAUUUCUAUGCCACAGACUUCUACAUGUAAUGACUGGAGUCUUGACCUAACAACGACAAAUCAUUAUCUUGCCGCAGAUGUUGUUUCCAUUAUAUAAUAUAGUUACUGUUGACUGAAAUGUUUUAUAUGAUAUUUAGAAACAUUUUAUUCGUGGUGUAUUUGUGAAAAUCUUCAGUGUCUAUGUGUGAAUGGACAAUCUAGAUUGAUGCGUGUGCCGUUUGAUGCCAUAAUGUACUACUAUUUCCUGCUUUUUAUUCAUUCGUUCUCUAUUGAAAAGUGGUUCCUGUUGAUUUUCACAACUUUUUUAUCCUUUUUUUUAUAUAUUUCAUUUUUCGUUUUUCUCGCACCUGUAAGAAACAAUGUCUUUUGACCUUGUCACUCAGACUUCGUUUCAUCACGUUCAUAAGGUUACUAACAAAACAAAUCGAAGUUUGACUGAUUCAUCCUAUUCGCAUAUUUUUUAUGGCUAAGUGAUAUUUUUUAAUUUGAGAAUUUUAUAAUGUUGCCAGCUAUUUAAUAAAGAAGACUUUGUGAUAUAUUAAAUUUUCUUUUACAAAAUUCAUCCUGAUUCCUUACAUACAUAUUACAACACACUUCAGAUGAUAACAUUACCCACUUCUGCUUUAAGAAGUAAGAUAUAAUAGCUCAACAUCAUAGCAACAGUAGUAUUUCUCUAUUAUGUUUAUUGUGUGUUCUUCAGAACCUAAGGUACUACGGAAAAUAUCAUGCCUAAUCAAUACUAAACUUAAGAAAUAAAACUAAUUGUCUAUAAACAUAUGUUCCUAUAGGAAACGCAAUAAUGGCUAAAAAAUAAAGCCCGAAAGCUUGGAAAAGAGUGACUUACAGUUCAUUAAGAAAUAGAGGUUUUGCAUGAAUCGAUUAUCAAUAGUGUCUCAAUUUGUCUGUCCAGAGGAGGUUAUUAAAUUGUUUCAGAUAUGCCACAGUAGCAAACGGCGUCAAUGUGAUAUUGAAUUGACAUUAUAGUAUUACAGUGUAUUAGGAUAAAGCGUGUAUUUGUCUCCCCACCUGUUAUUUUUAUGAUGUAAUGUAUUUAAAUGCAUAUUUUGUACAUUGUGCCCUUCUUCCCAGUUACAUAUAGUCAUAUGCCGUUGAUAUGCAACAUCC